CCCUCGCGCAGCCCCGCUGCGGGUCGACUCCCUCGGCCCGGCGAUGCCGUCCAACAAAUCCGUGUCGGACGCCCCCAUCGUGCAGUUCACCAACUGCCGCCUCCUGCGGGGCCGCCGCCUGCAGCGGGAGGAUCUGUGGGUGCGGGAGGGGAAGAUCCUCAACCCCGAGAAACUCUUCUUCGACGAGAAGGGUUCUGCCGACGUCCAGCUGGACUGCAAGGGCUGCAUCCUCGCCCCGGGCUUCAUCGACGUGCAGAUCAACGGAGGCUUUGGGGUGGAUUUCUCCCUGGCUACGGAUGAUUUCAGAUCAGGGAUUGACCUGGUCGGUCAGAAAAUACUCUCCCAUGGAGUGACUUCCUUCUGUCCCACCCUGGUGACAUCCCCUCCAUCUGUGUACCACCAGAUUCUUCCCCAGAUCAGUGUAAGAAAUGGUGGAGCUCACGGAGCUGGUAUCCUGGGGGCUCACCUGGAAGGACCAUUCAUCAGCAAGGAGAAAAAGGGGGCACACCCAGAGCACUGCAUCCGCACCUUCGAGGAAAAUGCUUUCCAGGACUUGCUUGCCACCUACGGGUCCCUGGACUGCAUCCGCAUUGUCACCUUGGCCCCAGAGAUAAAGAGGAGCAACGAGGUGAUCCAGGAACUCACCAAGCGAGGCAUCUGUGUCUCACUCGGUCACUCGGUGGCUAACCUCUCCCAGGCUGAGGAGGCUGUGCAGCACGGUGCUACCUUCAUCACUCACCUCUUCAAUGCCAUGCUGCCGUUCCACCAUCGUGACCCUGGGAUCGUGGGGCUGCUGACAAGUGAUAAGAUUCCUGCUGGGCGGAGGGUCUUCUAUGGCAUGAUCUCUGAUGGCAUCCACACCAACCCUGCUGCCCUGCGGAUCGCCCAUCGAGCCCACCCCAAAGGCAUGGUGCUGGUGACGGACGCUAUUGCUGGCAUGGGGCUGGCACCAGGUCGGCAUACACUGGGCCAGCAGGUGGUGGAGAUCGAUGGCCUCAACACCUACAUUGCAGGCACAAAGACCCUGAGUGGUAGUGUGGCAACCAUGGACACAUGUGUGCGACACUUUCUGGAAGCUACAGGGUGCUCAGUGGAGACUGCGCUGGAGGCAGCAUCUCUGCAUCCUGCCCAGCUCUUGGGGAUUGAAGACAGAAAGGGGACCCUGAAUUAUGAUUCUGAUGCAGAUUUCCUGAUGCUGGAUGAUAGCCUGCACGUGCAAGCCACGUACAUCGCGGGCGAGGAAGUCUGGAGACGGGAUGCCUUAGGAGACUCAUACCAAAGAGCUGUGUUUUCCAGCGCAACCACUGCUUCCAGUUACAGCCAUGCCUGCAAUGACUCUGUUGGUGCUCAGUUGGUGGAGUGGGGAGAACAAGCAAAUCAGGAGGGAUUGUCAAUCUCUGGAGAGACCUGAAAGACUGCACAGCUGUCCUGUGUCCCCAGACAGGUGCUCACGUGUCCAUCUCACAGCGGUGUGAAGCUGUCCCAGCCUUUGCACUGUUUAUGCAGCACACAACCUGCCUGUGCCUAAGGCAGACUCAAGCCAUAUCCAUCCCUCUCUUUGCUGCCUUGCUCCUGGGCAGCUGUAGCUGGCAGGAUGUCAGCAGCUACCAGUUCAGCUCGCAGCUCUUCCCAUUACAAAGUUCCUGUUGUGUCAGUGGAAGCUGAGGACCACAUUCUGACCGACCGGCCCUCCCUCUUGUGUUCCCUGGAGCAAGGCUGGUGCAGCUCACUGACUUGGUGCCAUUGCGGGGCUGUGAAUCAGUGUGGGCUGAAUCCUCAGGGCAGAGAUCAAACCCAGGAAAACGA